GUCGAUGAUGUUGAGGGAUAUGCAUGUCUCAUCACUAUAUAAAAACACUGUCACGCUAUUGCUAUCAUAUCUGGCUUAGCGCCAGCUUAGUUCGUCCAAGAUUUCAGGGAAUUUACCCACACGCAGUGUGCUAUCUUGCUUGUUUUUGUUUUUGUUCCAUUACGACCGCCAUGGAAAAGAAAGAAAAGCAAAGCGGAGGUCAACUUCUACCUGUUUUACUUGUUUGUAUGUUGUUAGCCUGCGCGGGUCUUGUGUUUGCUGUUUACACUCACAAAGAACUCUGCUGGCUGAAAACCCAAAUCCGUGAACAUGAAAAACUCAUUCAGACCUUACAACUCGGUAACAAUGCUCGAGAUAUCCAGGGGUCAGAGGAAGUGCGUAUAAGUAGGAGCGCUCAAACUUCAUGCACUUGCGUUGGAGCCCCAGGGAGACCAGGUCAGAAGGGGAAGCCUGGAAAACCCGGUCAUGUUGGCCCAUCUGGCAAUCCAGGACCUAUUGGACCUAUGGGACCUCCUGGACCGGAGGGGAUCAUGGGACGCCGCGGCGACAGUGGUCCGCCGGGAGUGAUGGGACCGCCAGGACCACGUGGCCUUCCAGGAUCUUUGAGCCGUGAGAGUAUCCACCUGGUUGGCAAUGGACAAAAAAUUUUCCAUCGGAGCUCCCGUGCUAUAACCAGCUGGAACGUUAAGCUCAUCAACGGAGCCAUCAUGUACAGCCCAUCAACCGGGCACAUUAGGGUGACGAGAAAGGGCUAUUACUACAUUUACAGCCAAAUGUAUUACUAUGAUGGCACCACCAUACAGAUGGGUCACAACACCUACAUCAAUCAUGAAAAGGUCAUGGAAAGUUCAGGGAGCGUUAUUAGUGCCGAAAGGAAGUACAACACCAAGUAUCAUGGCGGGGUAUUCUUACUUCAGGAAGGCGACGUUGUCUCUGUUAAAGUACCAUUCGCUGGGCGAUUUUUCAUGGACAGAAGGAGCACCUUUUUUGGAGCGUUUCUGCUUAAAGAUGCAGAAAUACAAGAUGAAACAACGACGACGUCACCAGCAUCGGUGAGACAGAGCAUCUACUUGAGUGGAGAUGAUACAAACCUUCGCAAUCCUCUUAGUCAUGUGAUAACAAACUGGAUCGUCCGUGACAAGAUGGGCGCCAUUAAAUACGACCAAGGUUUUAUCAUAGUCGGUAGAACCGGACACUACUUCAUAUACAGCCAAAUGUACUAUAACGACGCCCGCACACAUUUAAUGGCACACCAAACUUACGUCAACAAUGAAAGGGUUAUGGAGAGUGUUGGAAGCGCUCUUAAUGACAGCACAAAGGAUAACACCAGAUAUCACGGUGGAGUUUUCCUUCUCCGCGUGAACGACACCAUAUCAGUUCGUAUACCGUACCUCCGGCAGUACAACAUGAAAAGUGAUGCCAGCUUUUUCGGAACAUUUUUAUUGUACCCUGGUGAAUCGCCCUGAUUGGAUCACGCUAAAGGAUAUCCCUGAUAAUGCAGCAUUGACACAAGAAACAGAAUCAAUUUCACUUGAGAACUCAAACAGUUGCAAUCGAUUAAUUUUUUUAAGUAUAAAAAAUAUCAUAUGUUUUGUAUUGUAACCAGUUUAAAGCUAAACUCUAUUCCUUUCUGAUUGAUAUCCUAAAACAGCAUCAUGAUUACAUUGAUAUUCCCCAAAUCACUGCAGCCUUAAAGAAACACAAAUAUGAUUCGUUGUUCUCUACUCAAGUUGAUGAAAUGGUUGAUGCCUACAUGUUAUUCUUUUCACGUUGUUAUCCUCAGAUUAAGUUAUCUAGCGUAGAACUAAUUUAAAAGUAAUGUUAAUAUUUUUUUUAUUUCUUCGUCUCUCUAGUUGUUUGUCAUGUAUUAUUUUGUUAUUUAAGUAAUCUGAUAAUAACUGAUCGUGCCAAAUUAGCCCAAUGCUACUAUCGGAUCAGUUUUACAUUUGUAUUAAUCAUUAAAUGUAAUUGAAAUAAAGUGUGUAUCUAUUAAGUGUGUAUAUUUUCAUUGGGUGGAAUUAAUCGGUUGAAUCCAAUAGUAAAUGCUGUGAUUUAUGUUUUAGUAACCAAUUUUAAAAUUACUUUACCCGACCUGAUUCAUUUCUGAAUUGUAACAUUCAUUUCACACUCGACCUAAAUUAGAAUUAAAGAACUCACUGAAGCCGGUAUCAACAA